AUGGAGAUUGAUUUUGAAAAAAAAUCAAUAGUUAACAAAGAUAAUCAGAAGCAAUUCAUAAUAAAAGAAGCAAGUCCUAAUAAUUUGGAAGCUAAUGAAAUAGAUCCUAGCAUUUAUUUGGCGAAAUUACGCUCAAAUGAACUAUCAAGCAUCAAUGAAGCGAUUAAUUAUUACAGUACUAACCCCUCCCUUGUCGAUUAUGAAGUAUUUGAUGAAUUAUGCAAUCAUUUAUCCACAAAAAACGUUCUUUCUACAAUUAUUCCAAUUAUCGGCGAUCAUUUAUUAGCUGAUCCAAGCAUCAUUUCAAAUAUGUUAUUUACUGGUGUUUUGCCGCAUAUUUUAGGAUUUUUUGAUAUUCAAUACGAAAAUUUUCCUUUUUUCGAAAAGCCAGAUUUUGCCGAACUUGCAAUCCGCUUUGCAGCUAAGCUUUUUAGAAUAGAACAUGAAUCUCAGCAAGAAAUUUUCGAAUUAAUUUUAGAUCCGAUUUGUUUUAUACUUGAAACCUUUCAAAAAACUGAAAUUGAUGACCAGAUAAAGUUAAGAUUUGUUGUUUCCUUCAUGAGCGCUAUUCUAGAUUUCUUUUUUGUCAUAUUUUCAAAAGAAACCCUUCUUACAAAAGAAAAAACGCUUGAAGUUAUCAAUUUAAUGCACAGUAUAAUUAUGCCGCUUAAUCCGGAUGAUUCUCAUGAUAUAAUGCGCUCUUUUUCAUCAUUAUUUAAAUAUAUUUUGAACCAAAUCGAUGAAGAUACGUUUAACUACUACGUGUUAGGAAAUAUUUUUAAUAUACUACAUGAAUUUUACCAAAUCCAAGAUCGAGCGGUUUUAAUUGAUUAUCUCGUCGCAUUAGUCAAUUUUUCAGCCAAUAAUAAGAAUAUUAUUGCACAAUAUGUAAUAGAUGAUGGUUUUAUUAAUGAAAUCAAGGAAAUUUCAAUGAAAUAUAAUGAUGAAGAAUUUACUUCAAGAAUCGUUGCUGUUUAUGUUAAUUUAGCUCAAUCUGGGUCGAUAGAAAUCAUUGAGUAUCUCGUACAAUCUCAUAUUCACGAAUUUUUAGUAAAUCAAUUUCUUGAAAAUACAAAAUACAUAAUUAAAGCUCGAGCACUGCUAGGCAUCUGCUAUUUGAGUGAUACAUUGUCGGGCACCGAGCUGCUCCAAAAUUAUCCAGAAAUUAUUGAUACUUUGGUUGAUAUGAUUUCAAUUCCAGAUAUGAGAGCUGUUGAAGCGGUUUUUGCUUUUAUUGGUCAAUGUAUAUCAGAAUGCGAAAUCAAAAGCAAAGAUGAGGCUUUAGAAUUUAUAAAUUAUUUAAAUGAAAAUGAUUUCAUUGAACAAAUGAAUUCAUUAAAAGGGCAAGAAGGUUUACCGGAUAGCUAUGACGUUGUUGAUGCAGAAAUCAACCUAAUACUAAAUAAAAAAGAAGAAAAUUCAAUUGUUGAUUCUAUGCCUCUCCAAGCGACAACGGAAGAGUUUUAUAACUCAGAUGGGGAAGUAGAGGUUGUGGAUACAAAUAUCCCAGUUGAUUUGCAAAUCGAAAUAAAUGAUAAUAAUGAAGAAGAAGAUGGAUAUAAUUAA